UCCCAGGUUGCCCGGAAAAGAGCUGCCGCCUUCUCAAACCCCGUUGCGUGCAGACAUGGUGCGUCCGAUCAACUGCAUCGCGGCCGUGUCCCAGAACAUGGGCAUAGGGAAGAACGGGGACCUGCCGUGGCCCCCGCUCAGGAAUGAAUUCAACUACUUCCAGAAGAUGACUACAACUUCUUCAGUAGAAGGUAAACAGAAUCUGUUGAUAAUGGGAAAGAAAACCUGGUUCUCCAUUCCUGAGAAGCAUCGACCUUUGAAAGAUAGGAUUAACUUAGUUCUCAGUAGAGAACUGAAAGAACCUCCUCCUGGAGCUCAUUAUCUUGCCAAAAGUCUGGAUGAUGCAUUAGACCUUCUUGAACUUCCAGAACUAGCAGAUAAAGUGGACAUGAUUUGGGUAAUUGGAGGCAGCUCUGUUUAUAAGGAAGCAAUGGAGAAACCUGGUCAUCAGCGACUGUUUGUGACAAGAAUUUUGCAAGAAUUUGAGUGUGAUACAUUUUUUCCAGAAAUUGAUCUAAAGAAAUAUAAACUUCUCCCAGAAUAUCCAGGUGUUCUUACUGAUAUCCAGGAAGAAAAAGGCAUUCAGUAUAAAUUUGAAGUAUAUGAAAAACAUGAUUAAUUUGAAAAGCUUGAAGACUGCUGUUUCCAAAUAAUUUUUUCACUAAAAAUUAAGUAUGUGUGACAUUAGUCUAAAAAUCAUUCAUAGAAAUGUUUCUUUUUAUUUUUAAUGUACCAAUAAAAAUUUAUUAAGCACCUACUA